AUGAUCGAAGUUGUUCCUUUUUACCAUUUACUCGUCAAGACCAUAUUUGCCGAAGUCGGCGAUGAUAACCCUGAGGCGGUUAUAUCAACGACAGUCGUGGCCUAUGCGCUGUCAAGCAUCUUCAUCGGUCUUGCGUUUCUCCUCCUAGGUUGGCUGCGCUUGGGCAAGCUAAUCGAGUUCUUCCCGCGACACAUCCUUGUUGGCUGCAUCGGGGGGGUGGGCGUGUUUCUCAUCGAGACCGGUCUCGAAGUUUCCGGUCGUCUCCAAGCGGAGGACGGUUUCCAAUGGAACAUCAAGACGUUGCGGUACUUCUUGCAGUCGUGGCACAUGGUGGCACUGUGGCUGCUGCCUUUUACCUUUGCUGUGCUUCUGCGCUUCAUCACGCACCAGUUCCAUCACCCGCUCAUCUUCCCAACAUACUUUAUGUUCAUCCCGAUCGUGUUCUACAUCAUCACGGCCGGGAUCUUGCGUAUCGAUCUUGCUAAGCUGCGCGCUGACGGCUGGGUGUUCGACAUUGGCCGCGCGGCCGAAGCGCCCUUCUACCGCUUCUACACGUACAUCGAUUUCCGGCAGACCAGCUUCAAAGCACUAGUUGCAACGAUCCCGACGCAGCUUGCUUUGACCUUCUUUGGCAUUUUGCAUGUCCCUCUGAAUGUGCCGGCGCUCGGGAUCAGCGUCGGGGAGGACAACGUGGACACGGAUAGGGAACUCAUCGGGCACGGGAUCAGCAACCUCGCUGCCGGAGUCUUCUUCUCAGGCCCGAACUACAUCACCUACGUCAACUCGCUGCUGUUCUACCGUGUUGGCGGAGGCUCAAGGUUGAGUGGGCUGAUGUUGGCAGCAGGAACCAUAGUCAUCCUCAUGGCUGGACCUGCUAGCAUUGGCUACUUGCCGGUGAUGAUCGUCGGUGCCCUCAUCUUUGUCUUGGGCAUCGACCUGGUCAAAGAGGCCCUCUGGGACACGAUCGGGCGCGUCAAUCAUUGGGAAUACUUCACCAUUUGCAUUAUCAUCAUUGUGAUGACCUUGUGGGAUUUUGUGGUCGGUAUCCUUGCAGGCAUUAUUCUGGCGUGUCUGUUCUUCGUCGUACAGAACUCGCGCCGCAAGACAGUGCGUGCCAUCUUUGACGGCAGCAUUGCACGCAGCACUGUCCGCCGACACCCCACUCAGCGCCGAUUCCUCGACGUCGUGGGAACGCAAACGCAGAUCCUCAAGUUACAGGGGUUCCUCUUCUUUGGCACGAUCAAUGGCGUCGAACAGCUCAUUCGCCGGGCUCUCGACAUUUCAGCGUGGCAUCAGCAUCCGAUGCGCUUCCUCAUCGUCGAUUUCUCCCUCGUAAGCGGUGUCGAUUUCUCGGCAGCCGAAGCUUUCACUCGCAUUCAGCGCCUGCUCGACGCAAAGGGUGUGGUUCUCAUAUUCUGCGGCGUCACACCCGAGAGCGAUAUUGGCAUCGCGCUGCGCAGCGUUGGCAUGUGGGCAGACCAAGGCGUUCGGCUCGAGGUAUUUGCGCACCUCAACUCUGCACUCGAGUGGACUGAGAAUGAGUACAUCCGCGGCAUGUACACCUCGAGUCUCGCCAUAGGCAAGACGCUUGGCCACGCAUACCUCGCGACGGCCGGCGCACUCAGCAUGCCAGGGCAACAGCGGGAACCCGCUUUCGUUCUGGAUGAGCAGUUCGAAAACUCCCCUAGGCAGCAGCACAUUCACGAGGCCGCGCGAACCGCCAUGAACCACCUUCCUUCGAUCGACAUGGUCAGUCUUCCGCCGGAGUCAGUGCCGCAUCUCGCCGCCGAGGCGCAAGUCCAGCCAGCGCAGAAAUCCGGAGCGCAGCGGGACCCGACGAAGCAGCCUCUCCUGCUUCUCCUAGCGACAUUUCGCGAGUAUGCAGAGCCUGAGCUCGACGCUACCUACUUUGCGCACCUGGUUGGCUACUUUGAGCGUGUUCCACUACCGCAGGGCCAGACCCUGUGGCAGGCGGGCGAUGAGCCUGACGGGCUGUACGUCAUCGAGUCGGGCAUCCUCAAAGCCAAGUACGACUUUGUGCAGGAGAACUUCGACCUUUCCGAAUCCAUGCUGGCGGGCACGAUCGCCGGUGAGCUCACGUUCCUGUCCAAGCAAAAGCGUAACACGGUCGUGCAUGCCGAAACGGAGUGCGUGCUGUGGCGCUUGGACGGCGAGUCGCUGUCGCGCUUGGAAAAGGAACAGCCUGAUGUGUUUAGCACGUUCUUCAAGAUCCUCCUUCGCGUCACGGGUGAUGAGCAGCACUCUUUGAUGAGCUACCUCGUUUCCCGCCUCACUUGA